AUGUAUGCCCCAGGAAGACCCCAUCCGCCGCCCCCCGCAGGAAGACCCAAGGAAGACCCCAUCCACCGCCCCCCGCAGGAAGACCCAAGGAAGACCCCAUCCACCGCCCCCCGCAGGAAGACCCAAGGAAGACCCCAUCCACCGCCCCCCGCAGGAAGACCCAAGGAAGACCCCAUCCACCGCCCCCCGCAGGAAGACCCAAGGAAGACCCCAUCCACCGCCCCCGCAGGAAGACCCAAGGAAGACCCCAUCCACCGCCCCCGCAGGAAGACCCAAGGAAGACCCCAUCCACCGCCCCGCAGGAAGACCCAAGGAAGACCCCAUCCACCGCCCCCCGCAGGAAGACCCAAGGAAGACCCCAUCCACCGCCCCCCGCAGGAAGACCCAAGGAAGACCCCAUCCACCUCCCCCCGCAGGAAGACCCCAUCCGCCACCCCCAGCUAA